CCCAUCAUCUUCCCCCCUGUCUCUUUACAAUUUCCGUUUCCAAUUGCAGGUCGUCUUCUCAUCCCUGGAAAAGGCUGUUUAUUUAUCAUCUGAAUCGAGAAAACUCGGAUCAAGAACGCCGGUUUUGAUUUUUGAUUUUCUCGCUUGAAUUGGUGGAGCUAUCAAGUUAUUGGUUAUAUUAUUGUAUAGAUUGGCAUCGAACCUGAAGGAUAGCGCGCGAGAGAGAUAGGGGUUAGGGUUGCGUAGUUAUGGGAUUGGGCGAUGUGGAUCUUCUGGAGGAGCCCGGACUGGGAGGAGGAGAUAAAGUUUCGGCCGCUGUGUCGUGUUCAAUUUGCAUUGAAGCGGUGACCGAUAAUGGGGAUAGAUCUUGGGCGAAGCUUCAAUGCGGUCAUCAAUUCCACCUUGAUUGCAUCGGGUCCGCAUUUAAUGCAAAGGGAGCAAUGCAAUGCCCGAAUUGUCGAAAAGUUGAAAAAGGUCAAUGGCUUUAUGCAACAGGGCAUCGUUCAUUACCCGAGUUUAACAUGGAUGAUUGGGCCCAUGAUGAGGACUUGUAUGAUCUAAGUUUCUCUGAAAUGUCAUUUGGAGUCCAUUGGUGUCCAUUUAGCGGAUUAACUCGUCUGCCUUCAUCUUUUGAUGAAGGAGAUUUCGCUUCAAGUGCAUAUCAUGAUCUUCUUGGACAGCAUCCUCUUUUUGCUGAACAAACUGCUGUCUCUUCGUCAAAUCAUCCAUGCCCAUACAUUGCAUAUGUUGGUAUUCACCCGACUCCCUCAAGCUCAAGUGGAAGUGUAUCUGAGGGUCCCAAUUUUAACAACCACUGGAACAGUUCAGGGCUUCCAAAUGAAAUUCCAACCACUUUUGCUUUUCCAGGUGUGGAUGUCCAUUAUCCUCAUGGGUGGGGGGAGCACCAUCCUUCUACUUUCCAAACAAGUAGCAGCCGGAUUGGUAGUGCUGAACAGCAGCCUUCAAUACCCUCUGUUUCUCAUAGAGCUGCUAGAACAACAAACUCCGAUAUGCCAAGACCUGGAUCUUUUGUCCACCCAUUUCUUGUCAGCCACAGCUCAGCUCGACCUGGGACUUCGGUUGGCUCACCUAUGAUUCCUCCUUACCCUGGAAGUGUGGCCCGGGCUCGAGACCGUGUCCAGGCUCUCCAAGCAUAUUUCCAGCAGCAACCCAGCAAUUCGCCACCUGUACGGGCACCGGUCAUGUCCGGAGGAGCCCGGAGAUCCAACAGUCACAGGGGGGGGGUCCACCUGCCUCAAGUGGCAUCAUCGUCAUCUGAUCAUCAUCAUCAUCAGCCUGCCUCCGCUGGAGGGUUUUACUUCUAUCCAUCUGCUGCUGCUGCUUCAUCUGGAAGAAGCUUCCAAGAAGCAGCCGAAACCCCUUCACCCCUCCGGUUUCGUAGUUGGGAGCAACGGGAACACACUACCACCACCUUCAACAACUUGCCACCACAGGUGGAGAGAGAUCCGAUAUGGGGCCCGUUUUACCACCAAGCAGCAGCCAGCGGGUCUGAUUCUGGUGCGAUCAGAUCCUCUGGCAACUUUCGCCACAGACAUGGGUCCGAUAGGAUGCCAUCUCAGAACAGGUCAUAACCCAUUACCAUCCUAUGUCCUGAAAAAAGAAAGAAAAAAAAAAUUAUGUAUGUUCAUCUGUUGUGCAGUCUCUCAAAAGACCACAUGGGAGGGCAGAUGUAAAAACUAUCAUUGGCCCUGAAAAUCGACGUUCGUCCUUUCUUGGGGUUAUGGACGACAGUUGUGCCCGGCCACCGUGUUUCUGUGACCCUCCCCCCCAUCUGAGAGUGGGGUGGGGUGGGGUGGGGGUACAUAAGUACACAAACAAACAAUGCCCUAUUUAAAUGGUGGGACCGUUAAGCGUUUUUUCGUGCACACGUCUUCGGUUGCUUUCUUUUUUUUAUGCCUGUUUUUUUUUGUCCUGUGGUUGAGAGUUGGUAUGUGUUGGGGAUUCUUCUUUGGCUUCAUUUCAACUGUGUACCUGGUUUUCGAAACUUGAGGAAUCGCUUGCAGUAUC